GGGGAGAAGUCGAGUUGUGCUGAAUUGCAAUAACACAACACGAAAUAUUAUUCAUAUUCUGUUGCCCUUCAUCAACUAGCCUAGUCUAUUUAACUGUACCCAGUUAAUUGAAAAAUAAGGCAAUUCGUAACCUUUGGUCACACCUUUUGUUUCAAUAGUUUUAAAUGUUCAAAUAGUUUAAAUGUUUAUUUUAACAUCUAUAUUCUUAUCCAUUGCUUAUUGCCCUUGCUAUAGAUGUUCUAUUUGUGGUACUGUAGGAUAAUUAGAUGCCUUUAGUGCCGGUACGGGGAGUGGAGCGAGCCCUUUGUCUACGGUCUGCUGAUCUGCUCACACAGAUACACUUCAGUCCCACUGCCAUCCUCGCGACUUACUACUCCUCGCGACUUAACUCCUCGGUCAAGUUCAGUGCGGUAGCCGUCCCGAGCCAGCGGGCCAUUCUUAUUGGUAGCUGCGAGCGUUACAUCACGCAGCUGGUGACGCGCGCCUUCCUGCUUCCUUCGCGAGCGUCUUUAAGUCAAUCUUGUUGGUGGAGAGCACUGAGAGCGCACGAGAGCGCAAGAGAGCCUCUGUAGACUGCUGAGAGGAGCCGCGCGCGGGGAACUUCACGCCAUUCAGAGGAGAGUCCCGCACAAGAACAUCACGAGUCGCCUACCGUUCCUGGACCUCCCUCGCUCUCGCUCGCGCUGUCUCGGUCGCCUCCCAGACUGACUGUCCAGCAGCUCCAGGGCUCGGUGCUAGAGCGAGGCUCGGCGGUGGAUUUCCCCGUACCGUACCGGGGGAGAAGAGAGAGGCGAGCAUUCUGUAGUGUUGUUCGAAAGUCCUGGGCCUGCUGUGAGAUGGCCAAGUGCUAAGGGCCAAGAGCAUCAUGCGGGACCAAGGGGCGGAGCCUAACCUUUGCCAGCUGACUAAAGAGGAGGAGUCUAGUUCUACACAGCUUAGUAAGGAGGCGGGACUUAUCUCUAUUCACCUGAGUAAGGAGGUGGGGUCUAACUCUACUCUAUCCCAGCUCUACUCUACUGCGGCUAAUUCGACGCGCAUCAGUAAGCGGCGCCGCGUGGACAUCGGCGUGAAGAGGACCGUGGGCUACGCGGGAGGCUCCGCUUUCACCAGCGACAUCACUAGCGACAUUGCCAUAAGCCCCUCCCACCAGGCAUCCAGGGCCGCUGCCUUCCUGUUGCAGGCCAUGAGCCAAUCGGGCGAGGGCGCGCUGGUUACCGAGGGCAACGGGAACGUGCUGCGCAAGCUACUGAAGAGGCAGGCCGACGCCUACGAGGACGCCAUGACACCCGUCACCAUGACAACCGCCUCCAGUAACAACAACGUCAUCUCACAGCUGCUGCACAAGCGCUCGGCCACGCCCACAAACGCCUCCGCCCACAACAGCAACAGCUUCCCAAGUCCCACCUCCGACGAGGGUGUCCAUGACGACAGCGGUAGCGACCCCCCCUCUCCCCGCACACACUCACGCACCCUCUCCUCCCCCCACAACGGCCACACCAGCCCCCCCAGCUCAGUUCGCCUGUCGCCUCCCCCAGAGAGGCUGAACACAAACACACACACUCGCACACACACCCUCCCAUCUCCAGAGAGGGAGAGGCUGAGCGACGAGCACCUUAGAGCCAAGAGGGCCCGUGUUGAGAACAUCAUCCGUGGAAUUGGCCACUCCCCCAGCACACUAGCCACUCCCACUUCCUCUUUCUGCCCUGCCUUCUCUUCCUCCUCCUCGAUGCGGGGAGGUGAGUGUGAGCGCGACGGCUCGUUGGGCGAUGCGGGAGAGAUGCUGAUGCUGCGAGAGAACAAGCGGAAGCAGCGGUUGCCACAGCAACAGCAUCAGCAGGAGCAGCAGCAGCAGCAGCAGCAGAGUGUGCGUCCUCAGCAUCUCCUGGUGGAUGAGCGGUCCCGUCAUCGCCUCCAGGAGCGCCGCCAGCUAAAGCAUCAGCUGGAGGACAUGCAGAAACAACUUCGCCAGCUACAGGAGAAGUUCUUCACGGUGUAUGACAGCACCGACUCAGAGGGCCCUAGCGACGACCCUCGUGUCCCUAGCAACGAGCCCUGCGUGCCCAGUGAUGACCUCUCAGAGGACAGCGCUCGCUCCGACGACGCGGGUCAGGAUGAGGCUCCUCGUCCCCACCGCCGUCGCCGGCAACGUUCUGACCACGCCCCCGCACCCUCUUCCGAGAACGACUCCGCACACUUCCUGCAGAGGGCCAGAGCCCACUUCCUGCUGCGGCAGAGAGAGCUGUCUGAGCGCGCUCAGUCCCAGACCCCGCUCUCAGACACACCUCCAGGCCCUGGUGAAGGCAGGCGGUUGGCCGAGACUCUGAAGGCGGAGUUGAACUCAGCUGUGGGGCAGGUGGUGGACUCGGUCGUCAAGGUGUUUGCUAAGCCACUCCCCCCGCAGAGCAGAAGCCCCACACUCCUCAUGCCUUCAGCCCUGGAGCUGACCUCCCUCGGUGGUGUGCCCCUGCCUCUGCCCCUUCCCAGCGCUGCUGGCGACCAGACGGAGGCGCUCCCCCUGGUGGUGCGGAAGAAUCGUGCGGAGACGCCGCAGCAGCCCGGCUCAGGCCUGGUGGCACCUGGGGGACUACCACCCCUCCCCCACCCCGCGCUGCACCCCUCCUCACUCUCCGCAGGGCUAGCCUUCGCCCCCCAGCACGCGGCGUUCCGCCCCCCCUUCCCCCUCCCCCUCAUGGGCUACCCCUUCCAGGCCAGUUACCCCGGCAACAAGGACAGCAGAGGGGGGUCGCCGCCUGACUCCGUCUCCAUGGAGACUUACUCGAGCUCCGCCUCCCUCCUCAGAUCCAAGAUGGCCGCCAGCAUGCACCACCACUUUGGCCAAUCACAGCGGGCCGUAUCGCCCAACAGCCAAUCAGGAGCGAGCAGCGCAGACGGCCUCUCGCUCUCUCUCAUCAAGGCGGAGUGUAACGACCUGCACGACAUGGCGGACAUCUCACCCUACAGCAACGCUACUAUCCAGGAGGGCUUGUCUCCAAACCACCUGAAGAAAGCCAAGCUGAUGUUCUUCUACUCCAGAUACCCCAGCUCCAACAUGCUCAAGAUAUACUUCUCAGACGUCAAGUUCAACCGGUGCAUCACGUCACAGCUGAUCAAGUGGUUCAGUAACUUCCGGGAGUUCUACUACAUCCAGAUGGAGAAGUUCGCCCGACAGGCCAUCAGCGAGGGCGUGGCCAGCAGCGAUGACAUCACAGUCACGCGGGAUUCCGAACUGUUCCGCGCUCUCAACAUGCACUAUAACAAGGCCAAUGACUAUGAGGUGCCAGAGCGUUUCCUGGAGGUUGCCCAGGUGACACUGAAAGAGUUCUUCUCGGCCAUCGCAGGGGGACGAGACGGAGACCCCUCAUGGAAGAAGGCCAUCUACAAGGUCAUCUGCAAGCUGGAUGCUGACGUCCCCGAAACCUUCAAGUCCCCCCACUGCCUUCAGGAGCUGCUACACGACUAGAUGACGACAACAACAACAGCAGCAGCAACAACAACAACAACCACAAAGAUGUAAACAGCUAAACCGGAAACUGAUAAAUAAGAAGAAAGUAAACUGACCACAAAUAGACAACAAACAGUCAGUGAACAUUGUCAUUCAUCCAGGACUUCUGGGAACUUGCAAGACCCCACGUGAGGAGUUUCAUUGGUGUCUGGUCGAUGUGGACCAUAACUAAGUAUUUUUCAAUCAUUGAGGGUGCACUGUGUAAUAUGUUUAGUAGUUUAUUUCCAGAAUUCAUGUUGCCCAUUCACAAAUGUUAACGUUUUCAUGAAAACUUACCACCAGCAUCAUAUUCUAAGUAUUCAUUAUGACUGGAAAAAUUGCACUUUUCAUACAUGAAAAGGGGGAUCUUCUCCAUGGUCCUCCAUGAUUUUGAAUGUCCAGAAAUAAACUUUUUUAGCUGCAAAACGAACUGUACUUUGGUCGUACUAUUAAAUAUUAGUUUCUUACUCAGUAAAUAUUCAUGAAAAAGUCAAAUUUGGCAAUAAUCAGCACAGUUGUUGAGCAGCAUAGAUGCAGUACCAACUCAGGUCACCAUCCUACACAGUGCACCUUUACGUUGAAGUCCAGUGGCAUAUGACUAGAUGACUAGACUCUUUGUAAUACAGACAAACAGACAAACAAAUGAUGUUUCGGAAGAACACAGAAACGAUUGAACUGCUCCACAAACCGAUAGGACUUUACUCCUCUAUCAACGUUCUCUUUUGUUUCUCUUAUUGUUUUGAACUUGCAUUUUGUUUGAAAUCUGAUUUGCCGGUCCCCCUAAAUGCCGUGAGUGUGCCCUCUGUGGCCAAAAUGUGUCAGGUGUCAUCGGCAUGACGUCGUCCUCAGUGGUCGACAUGUUUAUGAUGUCAUCACUUGUGCGCCACAAGAACAUGAUGUCAUCACCAGCGGACAUUGGAUAUUGCAUAGCAUUCACAGCCCAUUGCUCCUCUUGCUAUAAGUGGUGACUUUAGAAUCCUUUCCUUUGCUGUUUUAUUCUUUUCCUUCUUUGUUGUUUUUACUUUUGUGGCGUCACCUCAGUAUGGAUCACUGCAAACACUACUGACUUACAGUAUACACACUGGAACAACUACUGACUUUGGUAUACACACUGGAACAACUACUGACUUUGGUAUACACACUGGAACAACUACUGACUUUGGUAUACACACUGGAACAACUACUGACUUUGGUAUACACACUGGAACAACUACUGACUUACAGUAAACACACUGGAACAACUACCAGACUCUGAACACACACACACAUGCACGCAUGCACGCAUGCACGCACACACACACACACACACACACACACACACACACACACACACACACACACACACACACACACACGCACACACCCUCGUGCAGACUAGGGCAUUGCGAAAUGGGUCAAAGCUGACUUUUUGAUACCACAUUUUAAAUCAUAUUUUAUAUUAUUAUUAUUAUUGUUAUUAUUAUUAUUAUUGGUGUUAUUGUCCCUGUUGUGUUCUUAUUGACGUUAUUGCUGUUGUUACGGUUGCUGGCACUUAAGUUUGUAUUAUUCUAAAACCCUUCAAACCCACCAAUCAGAAACAGGGCCCUAUUAUGACAUGCCCCGCCCACAGGACACUCCGUUAGCCAAACACAUUUAUGGAACUGUGGGUUUGAAGGUGGUCGAAGGUGGUUAAUUGUGGGUGUUUUAUUUUAUUGCAGUGCAGAUUCGUCUGUUGUUUUCUGGGUGUUUUCUAAUGUGCAAAACAGACAUCCCACAGCCUGUGAGACCACCUACGAGUCAGACGGAGUUUAUAUACAGAACACCAUGGGUCCAUUUUAAUAUCUAACCUACCGUCCUGUCCUUGUGGUUGUGGCCCGAGGGAAGACAUAAUUGACAAAAAGUUUUAUUCAAUAUCUCGCAGAAAUACAAUUCAAAGGUCAUUUUCUCAUUUGCAGUAGGGAUGUUGAAUGGGGAAAAGUCCUCCAAAAGUGAUUGUGCCUAGACUGACAGUGGGGAAUCUAUAUUGCUUUCUCCACGGUGGCGGGGUGUCAGCAGAGCAUGAGGCCACAAGCACAAGGCGAGGACACAAAGUCAGACAAUGAGAUGGACCCUAGGUGUUACGUCCAGCCUUUUGGCAUGGCCAGCAUUGGGCGUCGCCAUCUUGGUACAGGUUACUUAUGUUUUUCAAUAUAUUGGCAAAGAUGUUGUGUCACCGCCACCUACAGGAUAAUUUGUGUAUCGACUUAUUGACAAUUGAUGUUCGUACAAAGAGGGUGGUGUUCAAAUUGACACAUCGGUUCCAAUAAACCGGUAUAGUCAAGGCGACAUUUAGUGUUCGAUAUCUAUGAGUUUUCCUGAAGGCCAAGACAGGCAUAAUGGUGAGGUCAACAGUCUCCUCUCCCUUCAGGUCAUGUUAGUAAGGUCGAAUACCUGUUGAACUUCAAUGAAGGACAAGGGUUGCCUCCUGAGGUUUAUUGAAGGGCAAUAUAAUGAUGGGAAGACAACUAUUACACUGUUCAUGGGUGGGGACAGGUGUCAGAUGAGGCUAUGUAGACCAUUUUAUUUGUAAACCCAUAACAUACAAAUAGUGUGUGUGUGUGUGUGUGUGUGUGUGUGUGUGUGUGUGUGUGUGUGUGUGUGUGUGUGUGUGUGUGUGUGUGUGUGCGCGCGCGCGUGUUUGUUUGUGCGUAUGCAUGCGUGUGUUGUAUCGAUAAGGGAUUUCUAUAUGAAUAACAGACUUUGCUGUUUGAAAAAAUAUGUAUGAAGGAUGAUGUGGAAAAAAACAACUUUUAUUUACAAAUGAACCAUUGCUCUGAUAUUUGUUAAAAUGCUGUUUGAAUUGUGUUUAAAUGAUGAUGUGGAAUUUUAUUUACAAUUUAAAUGAAUAUUAUUGUGUUCUUUAUUUUAAUGCUGUGGA